GCAGGCGGGGCGGAGCAGAGCACCGCCUUCCCGCGGUCACCACCACCUCCUCCUCCUCCUCUCCUCUCCUGACAUGGCGGCCCCGGCAGAGCUUAGCGGCCUCAGCGACGAGGCGGCCUAUGGCGCCUGCUCGGAGCCGGAUGCCAGCACGAAGGAUUUUUUGUUGCAGCAGACAAUGUUGAGAGUAAAGGAUCCUAAGAAGUCACUGGAUUUUUAUACAAGAGUUCUUGGAAUGACACUGCUUCAAAAAUUUGACUUUCCUACUAUGAAGUUCUCGCUCUAUUUCCUGGCGUAUGAAGAUAAAAAUGAUAUCCCGAAAGAUAAAACUGAGCGAACAGCUUGGACCUUCUCUAGAAAAGCUACACUUGAACUGACACACAACUGGGGCACUGAAAAUGAUGAAAAUCAGUCUUAUCACAACGGCAAUUCAGAACCCCGAGGAUUUGGACACAUUGGAAUUGCUGUCCCUGAUGUCAGUAAAGCUUGUAAGAGGUUUGAAGAACUAGGAGUGAAAUUUGUGAAAAAACCAGAUGAUGGUAAAAUGAAAGGACUUGCAUUUGUUCAGGAUCCUGAUGGCUACUGGAUUGAAAUUUUGAAUCCUAACCACAUGGUGACUCUCACUUAGUUCUAAUGAAAUAUAUUAUGUAGGAGAUGCCCACUAUCAGUCCCCUGGAGAAAAUCUGUAACAGGGUUUGUGAAAUUCUCGCUUAAUGGAGAGGAAUCAGUCGCAUUCAGAGUCUCCUCUAAAACUAUCCCCUGGGACCUCACUGUACUUGAAUUCCUUUUUUCUUGUCCUGUGGUACCACUGCAAUUUGUUUCCAAUUAGGAAUAUUCAACCAUUUUUUGGAAGAGCACCUACACAGAUUCUCCUCUUGAACAGUGUUUAUGUUAAUAUUUCACUAAACACUAUCAAAAGAUAAGUGACCAGAAAUUCACUGCAUCUCACUAACAACAACAAAAAAUCCUGUGUUACUACUGAUGAGCUUUAACAAGGAGUAAAAAAAACCACUUCAGAAUAUUUUUUUUAUGAAGUCAGAAGAUCCUGAAAGCUUCAUGCCCUAUCUUGUAUACUAGAAAAUAAAAUGUCAGACUAACUUUGACUUGAGUAGUAGCAUGUUAAUGAAAGUCCUAAGCUUACUUACAUUAUGCCAGGCAAAACUCUUUAAGGAGCAGCCUUAAACAGCCUUGCCUGGAACAAGAAGCUUUGUGGAGGCAAUAAAUCAGUCCAACAGAAGGAAUUCAGUCUUUCAGCUUCUGGCUGCUGAUUGACAGCAAAGAUAAGGGGUCUCAUAGUUGCUAACUCACAGUGAUCCUUCUUGUCUCUUGCAACACUAGAAAGAACUUGCUUGUAAUUUUUGUUUCAGUGAAAGUCUGGGACUAUAAAAUGCUCUGUACGUUCUGCAUUAGGAAAUUAAUGAAAAAGAGUAUGUGAAACAACAGUUUCCUACUAGGAGACAUUUUGAUCUGCCCUGUCAAAAUGAGUGACGGUUACUGAAACAAUACCUGUAAACAGCAGGAAGACAGGUAACAUUUACGUAUGUUACACAAAUUACUUGGUUUUGUGCUGUUGCAGCUGUUACGAAUGGUGUAAACCAUGUCAAGUUUUGAAAUCCUGUUGUUCCUUCCAACAAGGAAAGAAACUCUCUGCCCUGUCUUACUGUGGUCUUUAGGUGGUGCCUUAUCAGUGUCAUUCAUAUACAAUAGAUUCUUUCCCUUCUUGAGUUAUUUGUCAAGUUGCCUUUUUUUCUGCAACAAUAAACACUAUUGGUUCAUGGUUGCAUCCUCUA